UGUUUAUUCUAGUCAAAAGUUGUUAGUGUUUUGAGCAUUAACACGUGUUUGAAAAACAAGACUAUUGAUUAAUUUAUGUGUUAAUUUAUAUAUUAAAAAUGACACCAAACUUGGAGGUUGUUGUAGGGACGUAUGAGCAAUUUUUGCUCGGUUACAAAAUCAAUAAAAUCGUUGAUGAGUAUAAAUUGGAACAAACUUUUGCAACUCACAGUCAUCUGGCAAGCAUACGAAGUGUUGCUAGCAAUAGACAUUAUUUAGCAUCUGCAGGAGCAGAUGAAGUGGUUUGUCUUUAUGAUAUGCGUUAUCGAACAGAAAAUGGAAAAUUAAUACAUCACAAUGAUUCCGUGAAUUGCAUCACUUUUACACCUGACGCUUCGCAUAUUCUAACCGGUGGCAGAGAUGGACAAAUAGGAGUUGUUCGAUGUGGCAAUUGGCAGGUUGAAAAACUUUGGGAAAAACCACACAAAGGUGAAUCAAUCGAGGCACUAGCUGUGCACCCCUCGGGAAAAUUGGCUCUUUCAACUGGAGGCGAUGGCACACUUCGAACUUGGAAUUUAGUCAAAGGAAAACAAGCGUACGCCACUAAUUUAAUACCACGCUGGCGAACGCUUGCGAAAAAUAUCAAUAUACUAAAAUGGAGUCCAAAUGGUGAAAAGUAUUUAAUUGCGUCAAAUAGGAAAAUUGAUAUUUACUCAGUAGAAACGGCAGGCGUCGACGAAGAAAUAAAUCUCGACUCAAAAGUAAUUUGCGUUGAAUUUCUUAAUGAUGAUUUAAUUGCCAUUGGCUAUGACGAUGGGAAAAUAAGUUUCUACGAUCUUGAGGAGAGUUCAAAAACUUUGGACAUUGUUGCACAUACCGCAAGAUUGAAGUGUAUGCAACAUAUUGACGAUCUCUUGGUAACAGCUUCGAGUUCCGGUGAAAUAAAACUUUGGCAAUUCACCAAAGAUUCAAUGUCAUUACUCAAUCAAGUCACUUGUAAUUCGCGAAUAUUGUGUCUCACACUAGCGACCGUUUGCAAAAAUGUUCGUGAAAAAGAGGAUAAAGUGACGACGGAAGAAGUUGUGGAAAUAAAGAAAAUAAAGAAAUUGAGAAUGCGGCAAGAAGUGAUUAUUGAAGAUGAAGAGGACAAUAGUCAUUUGAAAGUAAAGGAGACGAAGAAGAAGAGUAAAGUUCGAUUGAAUGAGGAAGCAGCCGAGGAAGUUUCUCCAGUUACUAAGAAAAAGAAGAAAAUUAAUGAUUUUACAGUGGAGGAUAUUGAUAAUUCAGAGCAGCGUGGUUUAAAAAGAUCGUCAGAUGAUGAAGAUGGUGAUUCGCCUCCGAAGCAGAAGAGGAAAAAAAUGAAAGAAACUUCUUCGAAAAAAAGGAAGGAUUCAAAAUGGUUGGAGGAGGAAAUUGAGGAGACACCGAUUAAAAAGAAACUUGCAACAAAUUCCGAUAAUCAGGAUAAGAUUGUAAAAUCAAAAGAAAUGAAGGAGAAUAAAAAAGUUAUUGUCGAUGACAAGAAGGUUUCUCCCAAAAAGAAAUUCGCCAAAGAUUUGAAUCUGAAGAGUGGAAAUUUCUCUAAAAAGAAGAAGAAAAAGAAUAAAAAUUCUCUCCAGGAAUAACAAAAAGAAUACUAUUAAAAUAAAAUUAAAUAACUAUUAAAAUAUAAUACUGUAUAAGGGAAAUUUUCAAGGUCCCUGAAAUUAGUGUCGACGCUCAGCGUCCAAAAAUUAUUAUCUUGGAUUUCUAGAGAUUUGAUUACUUUCGUUCACCUAAGGAGCUAAAAAGAAUUUCCAAGACACUUUUUAAAUGUGAAACCGUCGUUUCAAAUUUUCAGUUUCAUAGAAAAAUUUUUUUCUAACGCUCAACGUCGACGCUAAAGUCUUAAUGUAUAAGAAAUGUAAAGAACCAUGAAUGUGAUGGUUAAAGACUUGUAUAUUUUUUAUUUUGGUUGUAUAAAUAUUUACAAAGUGUAAACGUUAAUAAACCUUCAGUCUAAAUGCAUAAA